AUGGGAAAGCAGUCAACCGUCCUCGUAACCGGUGCCAACGGAUACAUUGCCGCGCACGUCAUCGCCGACCUACUCUCGUCCGGAUACCGCGUUGUUGGGACUGUACGCUCCCAAUCGUCGGCUGAAAAGGUCCUGUCCGCGCAUGCAGUCCACAAUGAGCAGGACCAACAAAACCUAUCCAUACAAAUUGUACCCGACAUCACUACUCCGGGGGCCUUUGACAAGGCAGUUCAAGCGGAUGACAUCACCGCCGUCAUCCAUGUUGCUUCGCCUUUCCACCUCGUCGUCGAAGAUAAUGAGAGAGACCUUCUCAUACCAGCCAUCCAGGGUACCAAAACACUAUUGGAGAGCGCUGCAACGAAUUCAAACAUUAAGAAUGUCGUUAUAACAAGCUCCUUUGCAUCUAUUGUCAAUAUCGGGGAAGGUCUGCGCCCAGGCUAUACCUAUGAUGAAACCGACUGGAACCCAGCCACGUUUGAAGACGGCAAGAAUAGCGAAAGUGGGUCGUUUGCCUACUGUACAAGCAAGGCUCUUGCUGAACGGGCUGCAUGGGACUUUGUUCGGGACCGAAAAGAUCAAAUUUCAUUCACUCUCUCCACGAUUUGCCCGCCAAAAAUAUUCGGACCGGCAUUUUCCAGCCCGACACGGUCAGAAUCUUCGUCAUUGGGCAUAUCUAUGAAGGAUAUAUAUGACCUUGUGGGCGGUGUCGAGAAAACCGUCCCUCAAACUCAGUUCUGGGCGUGGGUUGAUGUUCGUGACGUGGCGAGGGCGCAUGUGAAGGCUUUGGAGGUAGCUGGCGCAGCUCAGCAGCGAUUUUUCAUCACAGGAGGGAGAUAUUCGUAUCAGGAGAUUGUAGAUGUGUUGAGACAGUCGGACAGGAUCCCACAAAAUGUGAAGACUGAAAAGCUCCCACUAGGAACGCCAGGCCAGGGCUAUGCCGGGGAGUUUGUCUACAACGUGAACAAUGAAAAGUCCAAGACCUUGUUGGGGCUGGAGUAUAGAAGCUUGGAAGCUAGCGUCGUUGAUGCGGCAGUACAGUUGGUUACUCUUGUUUAA